AUGUCAGACCAUAAGGGAAAGCCCAUGGCUUUCCAACUAAAGACCAUAGAGGAGCCCAUGGCACUCAGGUGUAAUACCAUGUGGGAGAGCCCAUGGCAUCCUAAAAAGGAGUCUCUAGAAAAGGCUCGCUCUGGCAUCCCAUCUAACAGUUCACAGCUCAACUCCUCCAUCUCAGCCAAAAUUCAAAAGCUUUAUGAUGACUUAGCCACAAAGAGCAAAAUAAUGGAUUCUCUUUCCAGCAAGACAGCAAAAGUCAAAGUCUUAACUGUUCAGCUUGUUACUACCAAUUCGCAAAUCGAUGAACUCAUAUCUGAGAGUGCAGUCAUGAAAAGAUGUAUUGCUAAUGUCAACUCCUUACUAUCAUACAUCAUUGAGACUCAUGACUCUCUGAUCACGAUCAUUAUCCGAAAGCAUUUGGCUGAAAAAAGCAUGCUGGUGUUCGCCAUGCUUAACAGAUUGGAGGGUGUUUCGGAGUUGGUGGUACCUUCAAAACAAGGGGGAGAUGAAUCUACAAAGGUACCUCCAAAAACUGGUGAUCCAAAAUCAACUGGAAUGAAGAAAAGACAAAAUCGAUAA